CUCGAGCCAGGCGAAGUCAUUAUUUCUCAAAAAAAUAAAUCCGUCAAAUUUUCUUCCAAAUAUCUGACAAAGUCAAAACACUCUAAAUCUCUCGAUGACGCAUGGGGGUACAACAACAAAACAAACUCCCUUGAAGGCUGCCCCCAGCACACUUUCGGCUUUGACCACUGGAGGCUCCCAGCAGCUUAUGCGUCACUUCAUCUCAGUCGCUGAUCAUGGCGGAGCUACAGCUUCAGCAUGAAGUGGAGCCUCAACUUCUCAAUGGGGACGACUUGAACGAAGAAAGAGAAGACGCCGACACUUCAGAAUCGGUAAAGAAAAAGAGAAGAAAAAAGAAGAGGAAUAAGGCUACUGCACCGGCAGGGACAAAUGAGGCUGAGGGGGAUGGAGAAGUCGGAGGUGUUGGUGAUGUGAUGAAACAGUUGGAGCAGCAAGCUCUGGAGGACAAAGAGAAGGAGGAAGAUGGUGAAGACGAUGGGGAUGAGGGAGAGAACUCAGCCGGGAAAAAGAAGAAGAAGAAGAAGAAAAAGAAAGGAUUGAAGGGACAGACUGACCCUCCCUCAGUCCCUAUUUGUGAGCUGUAUCCCAACGGAGACUUUCCAAAGGGAGAGGAGUGUGAAUAUCCCCCAUCAAAAGACGGGCGCAGCGCAGCAUGGCGGACCACCAACGAAGAGAAGCGGGUGCUUGACAAGGCCAAUGAAGAGAUGUGGAAUGAUUUCAGACAGGCAGCCGAGGCGCACCGGCAGGUUCGCACCUAUGUCAGGAGCUGGAUCAAACCAGGAAUGACUAUGAUUGAAAUCUGUGAGAGGCUAGAGGAUUGCUCCAGGAGGCUGAUCAAAGAAAAUGGGCUAAAGGCAGGCCUUGCCUUCCCCACUGGCUGCUCCAUCAACCACUGUGCUGCUCACUACACGCCAAAUGCAGGAGAUCCCACCGUGCUACGCUACGACGAUGUCUGCAAGAUUGACUUUGGAACGCACAUUAAUGGUCGAAUAAUAGACUGUGCCUUCACCGUCACUUUCAAUCCAAAGUAUGACAGGCUGCUGGAGGCUGUGAGAGAUGCCACUAACACCGGCAUCAAGUGUGCAGGAAUUGAUGUGCGCUUAUGCGACAUUGGUGAGACCAUUCAGGAGGUCAUGGAGUCUUACGAAGUGGAGAUAGAUGGGAAAACAUACCAAGUGAAACCAAUCAGGAAUCUUAAUGGCCACUCCAUUGGACCGUAUAGGAUACACUCAGGCAAGACAGUCCCUAUAGUAAAAGGUGGAGAAGCCACAAGGAUGGAGGAAGGUGAGGUUUAUGCCAUUGAGACAUUUGGCAGUACAGGAAGAGGUGCGGUCCACGAUGACAUGGAGUGCUCGCAUUACAUGAAGAACUUCAACGUUGGACACGUGCCAAUAAGGCUUCCAAGGGCUAAACAUCUGCUGAAUGUGAUCAAUGAGAACUUUGGCACCUUGGCAUUCUGCCGCCGCUGGCUGGACCGUCAGGGUGAGAGUAAGUACCUGAUGGCGCUGAAAAAUCUGUGUGACCUUGGCAUCAUAGACCCGUACCCACCUCUCUGCGACACCAAGGGCAGCUACACCGCCCAGUAUGAGCACACCAUCCUACUCAGGCCCACCUACAAGGAGGUAGUGAGCCGAGGAGACGAUUACUAAGCAUGCAACCAAACUCCAGGUCAACCAGGAAGAGCAUGAUGGCUCAGAGACAACAAACCUCUUCAGACAAUUAUGCAAUAUUUCUGUGACCUAAAUUUCCGUUGCUUGACUCCUACCUUUAGAUGAUUAAUUUUAGCAAGAGCGAGAGACUGGUGUCAUGGCAGUAGCUUACUUUUAUUCCCCCCUCCACCCCCACCCCAAAGGAUCAAGCCAGUAGAUUAAGGGCAUAUGUAGUGUUGUAAUUUUAGUUAUAUUUUGCUGAACUGCUUUUAGGAAAUAUGCAAAAGAAAUAUAUGCAAAAGAACCAUGCAAAAAAGGUUUUGGUGAACAUCUCGCCUCAAAAUGCUAUGCUUCAAAUGCCUUGUUAAGACCUUGUGAGAAAAAAAAAACUGCUGUGAAAGUAUUUAUAUUUCUAUAUUUCCUUGCUCUAUUUUAAUUUAA